GUUAAUUUAGAGAGCCAAUAAAAAGAAAACAAAACGCAAAUAUUGAAGAACUACCCGAGUGAAACUAGAGAUUAUUUUUAUAUUUUAUGCCUAUCACAACUAAAGUUCGAUUGAGAAAGAUAUCAUCGAGAUCUUAAAUUUUUGCUGCUAAGGUAGCAACUAUCUAGAUCUUGGAUCUAAAACACAUCUGGACUCGUCUGGAGUACUUACCAAACGUCCAACUCCAAAAGAAAGCUUGAAGUUAUGGCUUGCUUGGAGUCUUUUGGUCCAACUUCAGAUUUACCAACUCCUAGAGGUGUUGUAAACUUAGCCAACCAUCUGCUUGCUGAGUUUAAUAUUCCUACAAGACUAGAAGAUGUGUCUGAUAUAAGUGCAGCUCUGUUUGUUGUUCUGUAUGAGAGUCUUUUUAGUGACAGACUUCCAGGUAUAGUUCGACAACCAUUCAGCAAAGAGGAUGAAAUACACAAUUGCCAGACAGUGAUUGAUGUACUGUCCUCUGAUGUUGUUCAUGAUAACCUCAGUCAUAUACGUGGUGUGGAUAUCAUAGCAGGAAACCUGACCUCUAUUUCUAACCUUUUGGACAUAUUUCAGUAUCUGCUAGAAUACGUGGUCAAUAAGAUAGACAGUGAUCUGGACAACAAUUUCUCAAGAAUCAGUGCUGAAUCUGACCAAUCAAAGUUUGGAAAACAAGAUCAGAACUCCUUGGAAACGUCAUCAGAAAUGUCAGACAAGACAAAGAAAAAACAAACAACGAGCAGGAGUAACAAAGAUAGCAAAACAUCUUUGUACAAGUCCAAUCAACAUGAUGGAUUACAACCAGCAAGCCUAAAUAAAAAUGAAAAUAGAAAAGCUUUUGAUGAACAUCCAGUCAUCACCCAUGAAGAAUUCUUUGCUAUGACCUACAAAAAAGCUCCAGCUUAUCAUUUAGUUCGUCCACCUUCACCAAUCAAGGCUGAUCAGUCAGAGUCACUCCUUGGACAAAAAACGGUGGAUUCAGAAUUUGAUGAUACACAAAAAAUUCAUCAAUCUCUUAAUUCUUUCAAACGACCAACAUCUCCACAAAUAGAUCAGUUUCUGAUGAAGGAUUAUCAUACAGACAUGUAUUCUGAUUCAGUGAGUCAUCAAGUUCCAGAUAAACCUUUUGCUGCUUCAUUAACACUGAACAGACCUGAAAUGAAGAGAGAUUCACCUGAAUUGAAAUUGGUUAAACACACAUAUGCCUCAAUUCCUGCUAAAACAACAUAUGAUCCUGUUUUCUCUAAAUCAGCUUAUGAUCCUGUAUCCAGUAAAACUACUUUCAAUCAGGUAUCUACUAAAAGUUCAUUUGAUCCAUUAGCUACACAAAUGAACAAUGCUAUAGCAACUAAAACGACGUAUGAUGCAGUUUCAGACAAAGCCAUCUAUGAGCAUAUUUCAUCUAAAACAAUGUUUGAUCCAGUAUUAUCCACUAAAGCAACUUGUGAUCCUGUAGCAUCCACUAAAACUGCUAGUGCUUCAACAUAUGAACCAAUGUCAUCUAAAAGUCUGUCUGAUCCAUUUCCCUCCAAAACUGCACCUGAUUUAGUUUCUACUAAAUCUUCAUCUGAUCCAGUGCCCACUAAAGUUUCAUAUGAUCCAGUUUCCUGUUCUACUUAUAAACCAGAGUCAUUGUCUGGUCAUUACCAACCUUCAGCUGUCAAUGUGGAGAUUCCUACCGCUGAAAGAGAUUCAACAUCAAAACAACAUAAUUAUUCCUAUGAUGACUUGCGCCAGAUGGUAGAGAAGACCACUGCACUGACCAGAAUAGCCUUAAUGACUAGUCCCAUAAGGUCUAAAGAAUUAGAUACCUUUGAUAAGAUCAAGCCAACUUUACCUUGUUCAGAUGAACCAUUAUUUUCAUCCAACUUGAAAAGAGAUGAGAGUAAACAUGUAGCAUUUGCUUCUUAUCAGUCAGACACUGAUAGAGAGAAAAAAUUGGUAUGUAAACCUUCUCAUCACAGUAAAAGACCUCACAGUGGACUGAGCACAGCCAAGCAAAUGAACAAAAGCAGGUAUAGCAGCAGAGUGUCAGCGUCACAGAAAUGUAAACAAGGUGUGACAAAGUCAACCAAGAAACAACAAGCAAACAAUUUUCCAUCUAAUAGAGUCUAUGAAGCAACUCGUCAAACUCUUUUAAAAGAAGACAUGGCUUUCAAAGAAAAACAGGAUAUUUUACAAAGAUUUUAUGCAAAGGACCAUGAAGAGUUCACUGAAGAGGUAGAUGAUCUGAUUGGAAGAGAAAAACAGGAAGUUCGUAAAAAGGAGGGAGAAUUGUUAAAGCAAUUCCUUAAAGAUAAUCAAAAGAAAAGACCUGAAGGAAAAAAAGUUACAUCACUUUCAAGUAAACAAGCCAAGAUGAAAACAAAGUCCAGAAAGCCACAGAGUCAGUCCAUCAAACAAGAUUCAGUAGAGCCUGUUUUCAAUGCUGAAACAAAGGAAGAUCUGUUACCUGCCUUACUAGAGGAGUUUCCAUACCUCCAUUUGAGUGACCACACCUGGCAUGAACUAUGGAGACGUGGACUGCAACAGAUUGAAGCUCUGACUCGUUCUUAUCAGGAGAAUCUGAGGAAAAAGACCAGCGCUCAGAACCAGUUGGAAGAUGCUGCUGAUAGGCAUCAGUUGUUGGGAGAUUUAAUGAGGAAACAAUUAGAACACACUCAAAGAAUGCAUGAACUCAAAGAACAAAAGUUACAACAGAUCAAAGUAAAAAAUAAAAUGCAUGAAAAGAGGAUGCAGUCUGCACGUGCCAGACGCUACUACAAUGAAUAUCAAGUCCGUGCAAGGUCAAAACAAUUAAAAAAGAGAACAAAAGAAGAAAUGGUUUUCCGUGAUUUGUUCAAAACUGCAUUAAAUAUCCAGAAAGAAAGACUGAAAGAUAUUCGUCAUUAUGCCAAUGAUUGUCGAAAACGUCAGGAAAUUCAGCGCCAAAAUGGAAUAGAAUCAUUAGAAAAUUUUUACCAAGACCAAUUCCAGAUGCUGGCAGAAAGAUUAGAUAAAGAACGAUUGGACACUGGAGUAAGAGAAAUGGCUCAACAGCAGAUGCUAGAGCGUGUGAAACGAGAACUUCGAAAGAAAAUGGAAGCAGAGAUAAAGCUGUACCAAGAACAGAUGUUUCAAGAUGAUGAUAAUGUUCACUUUAGACAAAAGGAUGCAGAUCGAGUCAAGCAACAUUUGCAUCUAGCUCGCUACACUGGCAAAGUUUGAGUGACAUCCUCAUAAAGUAGUACAAUGAGAAAUCUCUACAAAAAAUGUCUACAUUUGCUUUUAAAAACUUGAACAAACAUAAAUAUAAAAAAAAAAAAAGAAAUUCUAUUAAUGUGUGUACACAAUUGAUCAAUAUUACUGCCCAAGUGAGUUUUAUUUCUACUCUUAUGAAAUUGGCUUAGAAACAAUGUAAAUGAGUCCAAGUUGAAUAUUCUGUCAAGAUCUUGGUAAGACUUAUGAAGUUGUAUGUUGUAGAUGAUAUAUAUAUGUGCCCAAAGACUAAUUAAGUUUGCUUUUCUGUAGAUCACAAAUGACCAUUCUCUGUAUGAGUCAAAACUUUUUUUAUAAGUAGUUUUUAUGUCUUUAUUUUAUAUCUUAUUUAUGAACUGCUCUACUUUGUUAUGUAUUGACCAGGGAACUUAUUUUACCAUUGUACAUACAUUAUUAUUAUUGCUAAAACAUUUGAUUUCUCAUCAUGUACACAUUUAUAUACACAAUAAAUUAACAUCUUUUCAUGAAAA